CACGACGUGCUCAUCGUGAGCAGACCAAACAUGCGGGUCUGCUUUUCCGAAUCUUGGCGCUCCUGUGUCAGCUGAGAGCCCACGUGACUACGUGUGUGUGUGCAUUGGCCUUGGAGAUAUUUCGCCCGAGAAAACAUCCUUGCGACGCAAUAUUAUACAACAGGAGCUGCGAACUUUGCUUCGGUAUUGAGCAGUGUUUGAAGAGCUGUUGGAUAUUCCGUCCCCUGUCGAAGAAUCAUGUGCGCUUGGCGCUGCAGAGGCUCCCUGCCAGAUUACUUCUUCCCUCCGAUGAUCCCGGAUCCGGACUACAGUGACACUGAACCAGACGAGCAGCCACGAGAAGUACGACUGAUUGAAGAGAAAAGCGGAAGCAGCAGUAGCAGGAUGCCAGGAAUGGCAAUGGGCGGCAGCCAGUCAGGGGAAGGUCUUGGCUCCAGGGGAGGACACCCAUUACCUCUUGGAGAGGAAGGCCUCAUCAUCCCAAAGAAACCCUCCAAUCCCUGUCUCGAGUCCACAGAGAGGAAGAACUUGCACAGGGAGCUCUUGUUUAAUCAGAAAAUCGGCAAGAAUGUCUUGGGUCAGAAGUCUGAGCUUCAGAAGGCCAUGGAGAAAGUCAAAGAUGACCAGAAAAGGAAAGAACUCGAAGGAGAGAGGCAGAACAAACGCACAGCUCUGGAGAAGAGAUUAGAAGAGCAGGCAAACAAACUAAGGAUGCAAGACACUGAAGCGGACUCUUCACUGCAGUCGGACUUGAGGACAGAAGAGUCUGAAUUUCUUCGCGUCCAUGCCCGUGUGUGUGCGCACUCUCUGCCCGUUGGUUCUAAGUCAUAGCAACGUCAUUUGCCUCGUUUUUUUUUUUCCCCUUCACCCCCGCGAUAUUUCUUCAUUACAGCAAAGAUUAUAUAAAUACACAAAAUGAUUGUACAUAGUUUGAGAUAGUUUCUUGAGAAGCUGCCUGUGACAAAAAGGUGGCGCUAUUUUUGUCAAAGCGUGACACAGAAUAGCCUUUUCUAGUUGAAAUGCUUUGAGAAAUGUGAAUGUGUGAAUGUGCAAUUAAACAAUUUUGACGAGUGGUUCAGUAACAUACAAAUAUGUAUCAUAACAAUAAAGUAUUAUGCUUGUCAUUUGCA